CAGGAACUCCAGGGUUGGGCUCUCUAACAGUGGAGGCCUCCCGUCGGAGGCCUCCGACCCCCCUGUGGGAGGCCUCCCGUCGGAGAGCGGCCCGCGCGACGGGGCACUGGUCCUGCCGUGGCCCUCCCCAGGGCCGCCCCAGGGGCCCGAGGCUGCCCGACCGCCCCCUCGCCCCGCUCGUCGUGGGGGCGCCGCCUCCCGGAGUGCCCGAGGCGGUCAACGACUUCUUCAAGGGACCGCUCCGCGCGCUGCCCGAGCUUGAGGCUGCCCUGAGGCCUAAGGCCGCACCGGUUGACCUCACGGCCCAGCUGACGCAGGUGGGCUCGCCUGGGGUACCCCGGCCGCUCUGGCUCGUCAUCGCCGCGUCCGUGCCGACGGCGCUGCUGUGGUAUGGCGCAGGCUACAAGCUCCUGGUCGAGGAAGAGAUGUACGUCGCUGACGUCGGCCGGCCUGGCCCCGACGGCGAGCCCGGCCAGGCCAAGGGCUUCGGGGGCCCGGGCACGCUGGGCCCCUUCGUCCUGGGGUUGGCGCUGGGGCCGCUGGCGGCGCUCCUGGGGCUGCCUGGGGGGGAGGCAUGGUCGGCAGUCGGCUUUGUGUGGAUCUACUACACGCAGUACCUCCUCUACGCGCGCGUGAACGAGUUGUACGAGUCGGAGGGCCUGGCUCCGCCCCUGCACGUCUGGUGGCUGGUCUUCCCAGGCUUCAACCUCAUCAUCGGCCUGCGGCAGGUCCACUUCCUCUCGAAGUUCUGGGCCACCCAGCGAGGCUCGGCAUCGCCGCGUGGCUCUUUCUUGGCGCCUUCGGGGGCCCUCGUUGCCGCAGAGGCUGGACGCAACCUCGAGCACUGGACUGGUCUGACGCUUCCCGGGGCCCGGGGAUUGACUUCGAGCGGAUUCGAUCCAGGCCUCCUAGAUGUGGCCGGAGCAGAGGGGGUCGGAGACUCGUGUCACACUGCCGAUGCAUCGCCGAUGCGGCUCGAUGUGGAGCCCGACUUGCUUCACGUCGACGUCGCCGAUGCAAAGCCGACGUCGACGAUGCAUGGCCGGUGCAUCGCCGAUGCAUCGCCGAUGCAUGGGCGAUGCGGCGCGAUCCUCCGACGCCAUCUAAUUAUUCCGACCCCAUUUAGACUCAUUUAGACGGCCUCUACUUGAUAUGCCACCAUGACGAGAGCAGGAUUCGAGGGCUGGGGAGGGGACCCGGAGGCCGAAAAUAGCGAAGAGCCUCCCGCCGUGAUCUUUUCAUAGCGCGAGAGGGGGUCUGGGAUGUGCUGUGUCGCCAGGACGAGAGCAGGAUUCCUGGUGGAGAGGGGUCCCGAGGUCUCUUGCGCCGUGUGCAGCGCCCAGGGCUCCCUUUCUCUCCACAGGGGCCCGAGGCCGUCGGCGAGAGCGGCUCAAGAGGAAGGCGCCAGGCCUGGGGGGACCCCGCGAAUGGGAGGACCCAAACACGACAAGGAGGACCCAACACACGGCAGGAAAGGACCCAAAGGCGACAAGGAGGACCCAAACACGACAAGGGAGGACCCAAACACGACGAGACAGAGACACGUUUCACGAACACCAGCGCACCCAUGACCCCCUGGGCCCAGGACCCGCUCCCAUGGGGACGAGCCUCCCCGCCUUUCCAGAGAGGCGAGGCGCCCAUGGCCGACGCCGUGGUCGACUUCUUCCCCUUCAUCGGGAGCGAGCGCUACACCUGGCGCGAGUUCUUGCGGCGCCCCUCUCUCUGGUGCUCCCCCCUUCGGGACGUGCCGGAUCUGGAGCUCGAGUUCUUGAAGGAAGCGUAGGGCCCCGUGCUGCGCGCGGAACGUCGUCGUCGUCGUCGACAUUGGCGUCCCAGGCCACGACCAUGACAGCGUCGUGGGCCGAAGACAGCCGCGCUUUUGUCUGGCUGCGACGCUGGAUGUCUGGGGCAGGCAGUGUGCAAUCUCGGGCCCCCGCGCGGACGUGCCCCGCGCCUGCGGCCCUCCGCCGGGCCGCGCUGCGUAUGCCGCUCGACCAAAGGAGGUGGCCGCGCGCUUGCAUCUCUGGCUCCCGUGCGUGCCCUUCCCUCUGCCUCCUUCGUCUCCUGGAGGCGGAGUUCUCGCGCUCGGUAGUCCUUGGUGCCUGCUGGGCCCAGCGCCGCCGCGCGCGCCUCCCGCGCGCGGCGUGCGCGCGCGCGGUUUUCCACUCCGGAUCACGCGUCUGGCUUCCGCUUUCGGUGCGGCCAAUUCCGCGGGGCCUCCGCGUGCGCGGCGGCCCCCGCAGCCGAAGCGCUGCGGCCUUGCCCUUCGCGCAUUGCGCGUUGUCCCGCACAGACUGGGCCAGGGCCCCCGCGCACCCAGCGGCCUCGCCUUUGCGCGUGGUCUGUGUUCCCCGCACAGAAUGGAUCAUUGCAGCCGCGCACCCGCUUAUCACAAAUCACCAGGCUGCAAGAGUCCCUCGUG